GUUAUUCUGAGAAGCGCAAAGACAGAAAGGUCUGACUGACCCCUCGAGCGCAGUGUCUUGACUUGGGCGCGCGAGCUCGUACACGAAAGAGGCGGGUCGCUUGCCGUUCGCUAAGGAGCAUGCGCUAAAUCAAAAGGCGGAAGAGCGCGAAGGCUCGGCCGGAGUCACGUGACACACAGCGUUGCCUGUUUUGCUCAGCUCCAGCUCAGUUUCGACUCGGAUAUUUUCUCACAGACGUCGUUAACUUAACGGAUUAUCCGAACUGAAAUCUACACCGCUAAUGACGCUUGAAGUCGUGGGAGCGCAGCCCGUGCAGACAAGAUACAGGAGCGGCAGUUUCUUGUAACCCAUUGAUGACAGCGACAGAGCAGACAUGAAUGUCAUGGAGAAAAUUACCGUAGAUAUUAAGGAGGAGGACUGUGAGUGGGAACAUGUGCACCAUGAGAAGGGGAGUGUGGACAUUAAAGAGGAGGAUUAUGAAGAGUUCACUGUGGGCAUUAAGGACGAGUCCGAGGAAAAGCCUUUCAUCAGUGAUAAUAUGCAGGGGCAUAAAAUUAUAAACCGAGUCAAGGAGGAAGACCCUCAGUCAGAGACCAUCUGUAAGUCUCUGUGUCAAGAUGGAAGUGUAAGUUCAUUGGCCUGCCCUCAGAGUAGCAACUGUCCUGUCCAGGAGAAUUCAGUGAGUGUCAAGUCUGAUACUUCUUUAGACACAAAGACCACUGAAGAAAUAUCAAGGAGGACACUGGAUGGUCUGCCAUCGUCUACAAAUCAGCCUGGAGAUGAUAUUAAAUCUAAUUGCAAAAGCAAUCCAUCAAAGCAUGUAAACCGAAAUUCACAUUGCUGUACUGAAUGUGGGAAGCAGUUUUCAAAAGAAGAAACUCUUAAGAGCCACCAAAGAAUUCAUAGUUCGGAGGGACCGUACCGCUGUUCUGAAUGUGGGAAACAGUUUUCGCACGGGUGGUAUCUUCAGAUCCACACAAGAAUCCAUACUGGAGAGAAGCCGUACGGCUGUUCUGAAUGUGGCAAAAAAUUCUCCCAAAAGAGCUCGCUUCAGGCCCACAUGAAAAUUCAUACUGGAGAGAAACCAUUUUGCUGUACUGAAUGUGGUAAAAGAUUUUCAUUCAGGCACAAUCUUCAGAACCACACAAGGACCCACACUGGAGAGAAACCGUUUGUCUGUUCAGAAUGUGGAAAGGAAUUUGCACGAAAGGGUGACCUUCAGGACCAUGCAAGAAUUCACACUGGGGAGAAACCGUAUUGCUGCUCAUACUGUGGCAAAGGGUUUGCACAGAAAGGUGAUCUCCGGAGCCACACGAGAAUUCACACUGGUGAAAAACCUUAUGUCUGCUCUGAAUGUGGCAAGCAAUUCUCCAAAUCAAGCUCGUUUCAUCAACACAAAAGAGUUCACACUGGAGAGAAGCCCUACUGCUGUCCACAGUGUGGCAAACAAUUUACCUACAAUUAUCGUCUUCAGACCCACUUAAGGGCUCACAGUGGAGAAAUGCCAUAUUCCUGUUCUGAAUGCGGGAAACGGUUCUCCUGCAGCAGCAGUCUUAAUGUUCACCAGAGAAUUCACACUGGAGAGAAGGCAUAUGCCUGUCAAGAAUGUGGCAAACAAUUCCUGAAAAAGGGCAAUCUGGACAGCCACGCAAAAAUUCAUACUGGAGAGAAGCCAUUCUGCUGUUCUGAAUGUGGAAAAGGAUUCACACGGAAGGUUGAUCUUCAGAACCAUGUAAGAAUUCAUACUGGUGAGAGGCCGUAUGGCUGUCCUGAAUGUGGGAAACAGUUCUCCACAAGCAGCACUCUUUACACUCACAAAAGAAUUCACACUGGAGAAAAACCGUACUCCUGUUCAGAGUGUGGGAAACGGUUCUCUCACAAGGGCAAUCUUCAAAGCCACAUGAGAGUUCACACCAAAUAAGACCACAGGAUUUUAACUCGCAGUGACUGAAUUUUAUAUUGGUAAAUAUAACAACUAGAGAUUCUGGAAGGAGAGAUUAAAUUAAGGAAUGCAGUAAGAGUGGAGAGAGGACAUUAAGGAGUUGAGGUGCCACCUUGCUUACCCCAGUUAUGGAAGCUGGAUUUUUUUCCCUUCAAAACAAUGCAAAAAAUCAGCUUUUUGAUACAUACCUUUUGAGAAUAAGGGGAAUAGUGCAACCUCAGAGUGAAUUCACCACUCAGCAAAACAGAAAUGGAAACAUUUUGGGGGGGAUAAUCAAAACGAGGACUCCCAAGUGUGACUCGGAUCAGUUCUAAAAAAUGUAAAUGUAUUGGAUAGUCCUCAAGAGACCUGAGCCCCUCCUUUCCUCUGGCCGAUGGGGUCUUUAUAAUCAAGUUGAAUUCUUUUCUGAUUGCAUGUUGCCCUUUGUCAAUUUUUUUAUGUUUCUUUUUUUGGGUGGGUUGAGUCAUGGAGAUUCAAUUCUUAAUCUUCAGGUUCAGGUAAAUUAUGAUGUAGGCGUCUAAAAUAUUUUGCAUGUCUUUUGUGAUGCCAGUAAGGAAGGCACCAUUAUAUUCACACUGCUAUAAAGAAAAGCCAAAUGUCAAAACGCAAUAUGUAAACCAAAACUCAAAGUCGAGAGUUCAGAUUUAUAAACCAGACACUCGUAACCUUUAUAACGUUGAUUUGGAUGCUUCCAGAAAGUGCUUGAUGCUGCCACCCCUCUGCAUAACAUCACAUGUCGUGCAUGUCUGAUUGUACUACCCAAGCAAAACGGUAACAACUGCUAACAAAAUAUCCAUCGAAUGGCAGUACUCACAGAAACUCAAGACUGAAUCAUGGAAAGAUGUGAAAAUAUCUUCAUCUUUUAAGAUUGAGUUGAAAUGAACAAAACAUAAAAGACUUUAAGUGUCCUCAAAGAAUAUAUGAAAAUAAUUACAGAAAUUAUUAUUCACAUCCAUUGCUAGAUUUCACAGAUUUUGCACAGCAUUUUUGCUGAAGGUUCACUUUCCUGUUUGUGAUCCUCGCUUCGAGUUAACCUACAGUUUUUCAUUUUUUUUAUUUUAUUCUCCAGCUCCCCCUGAGUGUUUUAUGCUUCGACUCCACUUAAAUUUCUCGAAUACAAGCGUUUAGCUCGGUCUUUGUUUACACCGUUUUCAUAUUUGCUGACAUUCCCUUUUGCCAGCAGGCAAUUCAGGGAGCUUGACUGGAACUAGAAAGUAGAUCUUAACUGUUUGUCCAGCAGAUUCUUUUUCGGAUACUUGUGAGUGACACAACACCUAUUCUUGGGUGAGUGACAUUUUUUAAUUCUUUCUUUUGUGUUGCAAAUGUUUGGCUAUGGUGCAACAUAGGAUGGACUACCUUGGUAAUAACUAAUAACUAGUCUCAUCUUACGAUCCCUUCCAUUACAAAGCUGCUUCUCUCUCAAACUUGUCAGAAAAUGGCCCAGGGUGAUGUCCGAGUCAAUGUACUCGUGGAAGAAGGGAAUAACAAAUGUGACGGCAAGUGUGAGUUUACACUGAAAAGGAAAAAUGGCUGAGAAAUACAUUUAGGGUCAGGAGAUGGAGGGGAAAGACCUCAUAAUUAUGAAUGAGGCAAAGUUCAAAACAGCAGGAAAACACUAACAAAGCUCAAAACGUUUUUUAUUUUAUUUUCUCUAAAAAUAAAUGGGGAUGUUUGGUGUAUUUUAUUCGUUUUUUGUAACUUCUGCAGAGUUUUUUUUUGCAAUUCUUUUAAAGCGAUCCAUCGGCUAGAACGUCCAGUAGUACAUCUCUGGGUCCGCGGUUCUUGAGGCCGAUCCUCCAAUUAGCUGUGAACCGCUCAGUCUCACUGAGGGUAGGGAAGGCUGCGGGGAUCUGUGGUAUCCGGGGUGAACUUGUCCAGACUGGUGGUACGACUGGCAUUGCAAGCAAUCUUUGGUUCCAUUUGGGAGACGGGCAUCAUCCCAACUGACUGGAUAACAGGACUUGUUGUCCCUAUCUGGAAAGAGAAGGGGGGUCACCUGGAUUGCAUGAACUACAGGGGGAUAACACUGCACUCAGGUCCACGGUAGGGUCGUGAGGACGUGAGUUUCUGGACCAGGCCAAGGGGAUGCCCACGUAACACCUGGCAGAUAGAUGGUCAUUUCUAGAGGGUGUGUCUGCCUGCCUUCGGGGGGUUGCCAGCUGGGACCCCGAGCUGUUUCGUAGUGUGGCAGCGUGCUGUAUCUGGGCAUGCUCCACAACCUGACCUUACCGGACCUAAGCACACCAAGUGGGGGUUUGAACUCAAGGAAUUUAAUUUUCUCUGUCCUUUUUUUUUUUAAUUACCCAUAGUGCCAUUUUGUGAUGUUCUCAUCUUCCAUUGCCUGUGUAAUUGUGCGAUGUGUGAUGUUAAUGCUUGGUAUACAGUUUCCUUAUUUGUUUUCUAGCUUAAGCGUUUUGAAUUGUGUCUAACAUUUUUAUCUCUGAUCUGUAACUCUAAUAUGAACCCCAAAUGGAUUAGGAUUUUUUUUUACUCUCUUUUUUUAAUCCCAUGACUCUAUAAUUUAAAAUUUGUGUUUUGAUGAGAUAGAACAAUGUAACCAUAAAUCAUGCCAAGAGUUCUUAAUUAGAAAUCCUUAACACUAACACCAGCCAAAAGCUGUAGCAGUAAGAUCUCACUCUGGAAUUAGGAUAUUGUUUUAAACUCCCAGUCUUGGACAACCUGGAAUCUGCAAUGCUAACAAGAAAAGACAGUUUGAAGUCUGGGUGGAGGGGCAGGAUCAAUGCAAAUUAAAGAACUAUUGGUUAAAGAACUAUUAUCUCUCUCUGUCAAUUUUCCAUGUCUCUGAUACACGAUAUUUGGUAUGGAAUUUGUUAAAGUGGUGCUAAUGCGCCAUCUGUUGGAAUGAAGAAUGCAUUUUAUUACUAUGCACAUUCCAAGAGAGUGCAUUAGCAAACUUGGGAGUUCAACCCAUCUUAGACGCGUAGCACACACAGCUAGUACGAAAGUUAAAGUUAGAAAGUUAAACGAAACAAAACGGCUUUAAAAUGAUACUGAAAGUAGAGAACUCCUGUACAUAAUUGCAUUCUCCAUUUUCCUAAUUAACAGAAACUUGGAAAAAGACAAGAAUCAAAUGUGAAAUCAAAUAAAGAAAAUCUUGUCAAAAAUAGUAAGAGGAGUGAUCUUAAUUGUGACAUUAGGCCACUUUAACCGUCAGCGUCACUUCAGUUUGUUCUGGAAAGAAGGCCAUUUAAUAAAAGUGAAGCCGUGUGUUGUGUUGUUCAGGGCCUGCACCUCUAAAAUGGCAUCGAUCUGCAAAU